GCUGCCCAGCCCCCGGGAGCCCCCCGGCAGCAGGGAGGGCACGGAGCUGGCAGCGGGGCUGGCAGAGCUGCAGCUGCAGCCUGAGGAGGUGGACCAAGAGGAGAUGCAGAAUUCCCUGAGGUCCCUGCGGAACAGCGCGGCCAAGAAGAGGGCAAAGCUGAGCAGCAGCAUCGCCGACCUGGAGAGCCCCGACUCCGGGGUGAAACUCGAAUUUUCCGGGGACUGCCCCUCGCAGGGCUCCUCCCCCACCGGCGAGAGCGGAAUUUCCAGCCAGGAAUCCCUGGGCUCCCCCGUGGCCACGCUGCCCCCCAGGAGGAGAGUGAUGUCAGACACUUUUCCAGCACUUGGCAGCAAAUCCCAUCCUGCAAAAGUAUCUCCAGCAAGGCCCAGAGACACAGAGGGGGCAGAGCAUCCCCCCAGCACAGGCCCUGCAGAGUCAGUGUCUGGUUUUGCACCCAGGAACCAUCUGGGUUUCACAUCUGAAGACGUUGCUGUUGUUGGCAGAGGUGUUUUUGGGAGCCCUCCUGCCCCAGCUCCCAGCCAGUCC